AUGCCGUACAUCAAAGGUUGCAUGCCAUCCAAAUAUUCGCUCCUUCUUAUGCUGUUUGCAUGUGCGCUAGUAUCGUUGGUAAUUACAGCGUGUGUGUUUAUGCGUAGCAGAGAUGUGAUGAGUGUGGCUGUGAGUAAUGGUGGGAUACGUAUGGGAGAAUUUGUGGAUGGUGAUGCGGGAGAGUUUAUCGAUGAUGGUAGGGUGAGUAGUGAGGGGACGGUAAGUGGUGAGGAGGUGCGUGAUAGUAGGGUACAUCCUACGGUAAAGGAAAGUAAUGAGCAUAGUGCUGCUGCGCAGGGGAUGGUAAGUGGUGAUUGUGUUGUUAGCGAGAAUGAUGCUCAAGUUGAGGAGUCUGUUGAUGGGAAUGAUGCUCAAUUUGAGGAGUCUGUUGAUGGGAAUGAUGCUCAAUUUGAGGAGACUGUUGAUGGGAAUGAUGCUCAAUUUGAGGAGUCUGUUGAUGGGAAUGAUGCUCAAUUUGAGGAGUCUGUUGAUGGGAAUGAUGCUCAAUUUGAGGAGACUGUUGACGGGAAUGAUGCUGACCAAGGAAAUUGCUGCAUCGAUCGCAGUGGUAAUGAACAAAUACUUGAAAACGAAGAGGAAGUGCAACCGGAAAGUGCAUCACCAAGCAAACUAUCGCUACCGAACGGAAGAGAGUGCUCCGCUCCUGAACUACCAAUUUGGGCUUGCGAUGUGCGCUCUCGUGAAUCAGCCCAUCACUGUUCAGAUGAUGAUCUUGACAUCGAAUUCUUUACACAGUUAAGCUUGUAUAUGAUCAACCAGAUCAACUCCAUGAAUAAAAGCAUUGGUACAGGGAGUGACGUGCCUGUGGAUAUUGCGAAGAAUGUUUUUGAACGUGUGAAUGAGUUUAGAAAGCAUUUGCAGUACCGUGUGGAUGAAUCUGCAGCACAAAGAUCUGCUUACCAAGCCAGGAUGUCGCUAAUGCGUAGUUGAGUACGAAGUUAAAAGUGAUUUAACCAG